AUGGAGUCUACUUCUGAAGCAACAAAAUUAUUGCAACAACACCAAGAAUGUUCUUACUCUUCUAUGUAUACUAAAAUUGAAGUUGGGUGCAAAGAGGAGCAAUUUACUAACACAGAUACAAUAAUGCUUGAUUCAAAAAACAAUACUGAUCAAAUAGAAGAUGUUAUUAUAAUAGAUGAUAAAUUUGAACAACCUCUUCAAAAUGAAAAAGUUCUACAUGAAAAGAAGGAAAUGAAGUCCACAAAUUCAACAACUACUGAAUCUUUAAGAAGGAGUCAAAAUAAUGAUACUAAGAAUGCUCAAGGUGGAAGCAUCACAUUCAACGGGACAUCAGUUUCUAAGAUAGACAUUGACAAAACAAAAAAUGAUAAAGAAUAUGAAGAAGAUGUUGAAUGUAGUAAAUGCAAAAAGUGGCAACAUCAAAUAUGUGCACUCUAUGAUGAUAAAAGAAAUAUGAACUGCAGUGGAAAAUAUACAUGUCCUACAUGCUAUGUAAAGGGAAAUAUAAAUGAUGUGCACAUGCCCUUACCUAUGUUUGAGGCUAAAGACUUGCCAAGAACCAGGCUUAGUGACCACAUAGAAGGGAGAAUUUUUAACCGUCUCAAGAAAAUUGGGCUAAAAGGAGAAAAGAAUAAGAAUCCUGAUGAUGAUAUGGAGGUAAGAAUCUUCAAUUAA